AUGUAUCUGAAAGGGAGUCCCUCCGGGGCGUUUGUGCGACAGCUGGCGAACUGCCGUUGGAAAUCAGCAUUCACGUUGCCCCAGCGUCGAACAUACACGGAGAGUUCCGGAAAGACCCCGAGUCUAGAUGACCUACUAGAACGCACCAAAGCGAUAUUUCCUACCAACCGCAUCAUCACCAAGAAGGCCCGCCAAUUGGUCGAAUUGGGAGCCGGUUCGAGGCCCGACUUGUUGCCCAUCAAGAUUGGCGUGGUCCAGUCACCAUCAAUUACCCCUGGCUUAUUUUUAGACGUGCUGCUUUGCGACCCUUUGGAUCCUGAUCAGUCUUGGUUUGAACAGCUCCGGCAGCGGCGGACCACCAAGAAGGACAACUUCUGGGUUAGGUACGGCGAGAACGGAGUCAAGUCCCCGAUUCUGAGCCGCGACCUGCGAGUUAUCCAAAACGAAACGGUCGGAGAUAACUCGUCGAAAAACGAGCUUCAUAGAGAGCUGUUUAGAAACAUCGAGUUCCUGGAAAUCAACCAACCCGACUUAUUGCAUCAGUCCGGCUCUCAGGUCUCGGAAACAACGUCCACGGUGCAGAAUUCCGUGCCAACAGACUGCCAUUUGUACAUAUACGUGAAAUCACGUCCCGGAGAGCCAUUGGAGGUUGGAGACUACCCGUCUUUGACGGUUCUCAACACGAGCAUCCAGGAACACGGAGCUUCGUUCCAAUCACAGACGCACGAUGAUUUAGUGGUGGACCUCGAAAAGGCCAAUCUAGCCAACAAACUGCUACUGGAGUCUCCGAAUAACGUGUCGAAAUACCUCGAGCUUGUCAAAAACUCGCGCAUCACCUCGCUGCUGUUCACGUUGAGUCGCGAAACAAGCGGUGACAAGCCGUUCGUGCUGCUGCUGCAGUCUCUUCUCUCAGACAUCGACCAACAGCUCAAGUUUGAACAGAAACCAGACAUCGUCAGAGAAGUGGACUCGUUGAAGAAAGAGAUCGACUCGUGGGCCCAGCUGUCGCACUUUGAGCUGCAGUCCAAGAUCGCACCGUACCUGAACGACGUGCUGAUCCAGAGAUUUAGCAAAGUGGCCCAGAUCGUCCCCAACAUCGACGAUUUCGACCUGGUGCUGUCGAAAUACCUGUUUGACGACGAGACGUACAUCCAGAAGAGCAUGUUCAACUUCACGCCGGUCAAAUGCCACGGAUCGCUACUGGAAUCGACGGCCAAACUCAACUACUUGGAGGGAAAGGUGGACCUGCUGCUGCCUCCAUCUACACAGGAACCAGAGCCAUUGGCCAGCCCGCUGUCGAUCCUCAAACACAAGGUGAUCAACUCGGACCUGCCCGCACUGCAGAACCAGGUCAGCCGCACGGUGCUACAUAACCUCGCGGCUAUCAACCUGCCCGUUUUCGCGGUCUGCUCCGUGGGUCACGUGAUCGACUACAUUUCUGUGGACACCGCUGUGGCAAUUGUGGUUUUCAGUUUCGCAAUCUCGUCAAAUAACAUUUCCAAGGCGGUGUACCGGUACCUGGCCGAGUUCAAAAACCGGUACCUGGACAACACGCGCACCUCGAUCGACCGCAGCUUCGAGCACCUGCGCCAGCGCCUCGAACGCAACCUGGAAGAAAACGGACUUAACAAGGAGGAAAAACAGAGGCUGAGGCAGCAGCUCACCAACGAAUUAAGUAAGCUUACGUGA